GAAGCUGACAGUCAGCUGAUUUUUUUUCCAGUUUCCUUGUUAGCCUCCGUUAGGUCACACGUCCAACUGUAUUUAUCGCCUUUAGCCUAUUCUUUAAGGCUACUUCUCCGUCCGAGGAACUGUAGUAACUUUUAUCCAACGUCUUAGGUAUGGACGAGACGAGUCCGCUUGUCUCUCCGCUACGGGACUCCAAUGAUUUCAGCUACUGUCCCACGGAGCCCGCCAGCCCGCGAGGCGCUUUCGGAAGCACGCCGGGCUCAGUGGUGCGGAUUCCCGCUGGCAGUCCGGAGCGCAACCGGGAGAGACAGCCGCUUUUAGACCGGGAGCGGGGGAAUUCGUCGCGGGAUCCCCACCGGAACGAAUUCCCGGAGGAUCCCGAGUUCAGAGAGAUCAUUCGCAAGGCCGAGCGAGCUAUUGAGGAGGAGAUCUACCCGGAGAGGAUCUACCAGGGAUCUAGUGGUAGCUAUUUUGUCAAAGACUCACAGGGGAAGAUAAUCGGCGUGUUCAAACCUAAGAAUGAAGAGCCCUAUGGCCAGCUUAACCCCAAAUGGACAAAGUGGCUGCAGAAACUGUGCUGUCCGUGCUGUUUUGGUCGUGACUGUUUAGUUCUGAACCAGGGCUACCUUUCAGAGGCCGGUGCUAGCCUGGUUGACCAGAAACUCGAACUAAAUAUUGUUCCGAGGACCAAGGUGGUCUACUUGGCUAGUGAAACAUUCAACUAUAGUGCCAUAGACCGAGUGAAAUCUCGAGGUAAAAAGUUAGCAUUGGAGAAGGUGCCAAAAGUGGGUCAACGCUUCCAUAGGAUUGGAUUGCCCCCAAAAGUUGGUUCCUUCCAAAUCUUUGUGGACGGAUACAAGGACGCAGACUUCUGGCUGCGUAGGUUUGAAGCCGACCCUCUGCCGGAGAACACCAACCGUCAGCUUCAGCUGCAGUUUGAACGCCUCGUAGUGCUGGAUUACAUCAUCAGGAACACAGACAGAGGAAAUGACAACUGGCUUCUCAAAUAUGACUGCCCUAUGGACCCCGUAGGGAACAGGGAUACAGACUGGAUUGUAGUGAAGGACCCCAUCAUCAAACUGGCAGCCAUAGACAACGGCCUUGCCUUCCCUCUUAAGCAUCCCGACUCUUGGAGAGCAUAUCCUUUCUAUUGGGCGUGGCUCUCCCAGGCCAAAGUUCCCUUCUCCCAGGAAAUCCGAGAACUGGUACUACCAAAACUGUCUGACCCAAAUUUUAUCAAAGACCUCGAAGAAGACCUCUAUGAACUAUUCAAGAAAGACCCUGGUUUUGACAGAGGACAGUUUCAUAAGCAAGUUGCUGUCACGAGAGGGCAGAUUCUGAACCUGUGCCAAGCCCUAAAGGAUGGAAAAACGCCUCUCCAGUUGGUUCAGAUGCCCCCUGUGAUUGUUGAAACAGCCAGAGCCCCCCAGAGAGCCAACAGUGAGUCAUACACACAGAGUUUUCAGAGUAGAAGACCUUUCUUCACCUGGUGGUAAAAAACAGAAGCCUACAUUUGGUGCGGGGAGGAACAGCAGGAAGCAGGAGCGAGGGAGAGUACGGGUUAGUUUCCUGGAAAUUGAUUUAAUUAUCACCAUCCCCUCCUCUCCAAACGGACACUGUGAUUACUAAAAGUGAGUGUGUAGGUGGAGACAAGAGGCCAUAAGAGGAAGUUUCACUCCGCAGCUUCCCUGUUUGCCUCAUUGCCUUGUUAGGAUGUGAAAAAGCAACAUUUAUAUCUGGAAUCCUUGAAACCGUUCCUCUUUGCAAAGAGAUGUCAGAUGUUUUGGACUCCCUGGGAGCAUGUGUGCUCGCUCACAUAUGCAUGCCAGUCAAAAGCUUCUCCACCUUUGCAUUCCAUGUUUUCUUUAUACCGGUCUGCCUUUUAACAUUCACCUGGAUAUUUACCACUCUCACACCGUCUAAUGGCUUGACCAGCUUUUUAAAUUUAACAAUUAAGAGCAAUGACUUCACUGAGCUCUUAAGCCUUGAUCAUCUAGCAUGUGUCUACACACCUAACCCAAGCCAUGUGAACUUCUGUAGUUUCACAUCCAUUCACCCAACAGAGAUUAGGAAGUGCGAGUCAUUUGGAGAGACGACGGAGAGCCGAGGUACAGGUGGUGUUUGUUUCGCCGAAAAGAUUACGAGCCUAAUAUUCCGCUUUCACUCAACCAUUGAAGAAGAGAGAAACAUCCUGUUCUCAACUGACGAGGGUAUAAAUAUGGUUCUUCUAGUCUUUUCCAUCAUGUGGAGCUGAGUAAAGUAACUUCCUGCUGUCCAGAACAGACACCAAAUGUAUUGUGACAAUGCACUGUAUAAUUUGUAUGUAAUAUUUAAUGAUAGAUUAUAAUAAAAAACAUGUUCCAUUCA